AUGAUGCCUCCGCCGCCGAGCGCUCCAACCAGCAGUAGCCACGUCCUCGCUGGAUCUACAAGAUCUGGUUGCUUCACUUUUGGCAAGGUAGAUUUGACACCCACUAUAGAAGACUAUCGAGCUCUUAUCCACUGUCCAAGAAUCUACGAGGAAAGGGUAUAUAUCAAGUCACCUAACACUUCUCCUUUCAAGAAGAAAGUGCUCUUAUUGACCGGGAUGAGUGAAGAAUGGGCUACAAGACAUAUCAAGAAAAAAGGUGAUAGUGAAUGCAUUACUUGGACUGACUUGAAAGAAAUUCUAGGGCAUGUGGAUAUAUCAACUGUAGACCUAUUUGAAAGAUUGAACAAGAAUACAGAUUCAGUUGCUGCCAUAUUAGCUGAAACAUUAUGUUUCUUGAAUUCCUGCAGAUGCGAGGGAGAGGGACAUUUUAUAGGUUGUGCACCCCUAUUAUUGGUAUGGAUUCUGAACCAUUUUAAACAUGAAGAAAGAGCUCAUGGACAAGUAUUUCUAGAAGGCUUCUCACCUCUACAAGAUUUCCUUUCUCGUAAAUGGCCCAGAGGUUAUGAUGAAGAAAAAUGGAUGAACAUCUUUCGAAAUCUUAAAGAUAUUGACGUAUCAUGGUGCGCUUCAUGGAAUACUUCUUCAAACAUAGCGUAUAAGUGUGGAGAGCAUGAUUGGGACCCCUUACCUGGCAUAUGGGGUUCUGUAGGAUAUGCACCUUUGAUGGUCUCCAGACAAUAUGGAUCCAUGUAUUUUAUUCCUGUGACAUCUGGUUUAUCUGAGUCAGAAUUUGCAUUCAGGAGUGAUCAGUACAAGGAAAAGAUCAGAAAAGUUGUUGACGCCUGGAAAUGGCUUCAUCGAGUAAAUUUAUUUACUUGUAGUCAAAAGCUCUCACCUGAAUACGAACAAUGGAGAAUCAACUGA